UGGAGAUGUGCAACUUAGUGGUCGGAGCGAUUUUGGCAGUGGUCGGAGUGGUUUUAGUGGGUGUGAGCUCGUUCGUCGGAUAUGGAGUUGUACCGGGGAUAGUGAAGCGCAUGAUUAUUGAUGAGGUGGCAUUACUUAAUGAAACGGAACAGUUCGAGAGGUUCGAACGGGUUCCGUUCUUGCUGACCUUCAAGGUGUUUAUGUUCAACAUCACCAACCCUGCGGAGGUGCUGGCGGGGGGCAUACCUGAGCUCCGGGAGCAGGGACCUUAUGUUUAUAAGCUGAACAACUCUCGUCUGAUAGGGAACAUGGAGGAGGAUAUCCUGACGUACCGCCGCUGGGAGAGCUUCGAGUUCGACGCCGAGGCCUCCUACCCCCAUACUGAGGAUGACAUGACUACCAUCGUCAACGUUGCGUACCAUGGUCUCCUUCAACGUGCCGAGAAGCUUUUCCCAUUUCUCCUGUUCGCGAUCAACCAGGCCAUGACGAGCAUAUUUGGUGCCAACGACUCUCCCAUCAUGACUGUCCGAGUGAGGGAUCUCCUCUUUGAUGGCAUCCUCCUGUGCCAGAAUCCGGGCAUCGUAGGCAAUGUGGCGUGCUCGCAAAUCAAGACCAUUGGCCAGGACGUUCAAAAUCUGGAGGAAUUAGAAGAUGGAACGAUACAGUUUACUCUGCUGAGUUAUAAACAAGAAAUCCCCAGCAAGGAGUUCACGGUAUACCGGGGUAUAAACGAGCCCAACGAUCUUGGCAGGAUGAUCAGCUACGACAACUCCGCCGCUUUACCCUACUGGCAGAACGAUGAUGGUGCCACCAGCGUCUGCAACACUGUCAGAGGAACGGACUCCGGUAUCUUCAAUCCGUUUAUCGACAGAGAUGAACCUCUAUACGCUUUUAACACUGAUAUUUGCAGGACAGUAGAACUGCGCUACCAGCACGAAACGGAGUACAAGGACAUACCGACAGCACGCUUCGCCGUCAACGAGUGGAUGUUCGACAACAACGAGGGUUGCUACUGCCUCAACACGACUGACGGCAUCACCACACCGGAUGGAUGCCUGCUGAAGGGAGCCAUGGAGCUGUACUCGUGUGUUGGUGCGUACCUUGUGCUAUCAUACCCUCACUUUCUGUACGCUGACUUCACAUACCAGAACGGAGUCAUCGGCAUGAACCCUAGUGAAGAGGAUCACAGGAUUAUACUGGACCUGGAACCGAACACUGGCACCGUGAUCCGUGGCUUUAAACGCGCCCAGUUCAACAUCUUCCAGAGACCAAUCACGUCGAUAUCAGGGUCACAAACCCUCAAGACCACGUUGAUGCCCAUAUUUUGGGUUGAAGAGAGCAUGGAGCUACCAGACGAGUUUGCAGACAUGGUCAAAGAUCGUCUCCUAUAUCCACUAAAUCUAGUAAAUAUCCUAGUGCCAAUUUUAAUAGCUGUCAGUGCCUUAGUCGCUGCGAUAGGUCUUAUCAUUGUAAUUAAAGUAAAAUGCUGUAAUUAAUAUUGU